AUGGCUACGGCAGGAGGCGCGUCGAGUAUCAUCACCCAAGUGCAACAGGCGGGUGGUCCACCGAUAAACACUUUAGGAGGUGAGACUUCGCAAACCUUGAAUUACUGGCCAUUUAUCUCUAACUUGGUUCGCAGAGGAACCAGGUUCACACUCUCCCGGGACGAACUGUUGACACUGCCGGAGUUUGUCCUUUUAUCGCUGUUUCCGAAUGGUUUGCUUCCAGAUGGACACAUGGGCACCUUUCACGAAGGUGAUAUUUACCCCGUUGAUUAUGAUCCAGUGUCUCUCCAGUACAUGCUUGACUUCUUCCGCUCCGUCGCUCAAUCCAUCCCAUCGUCACCAACAGCUUCGGCAUCGCAAGACCUAGAUAUAUCCCCGGACUCCAUGCAAGGGUCGACUAGGGACAUGCUCCAGGACCGGGCAGGAAUCAUCGUGCUGCGGGAAGACCUUGACUUUUAUGCAAUUCCUCCACGUCCGGAUAUCGACCACGCGGAAAUGAUCGAGGUCAAACGUGCAGCUGCAAGAGCACUACUGAAGCAAGAUGGGAUCUUCUCAGGAUUGAGAAAGAGCGACGAAGCCGGUUCAACAGAGCAGCACUUGAUCGAGAUGCUGACUGCAGGUGGUUUUGAUCGUGAUGACCGGUGGGGCCACCGUGCCCCAGAGCCCAACAAGGCAGUUAUCUGUAGCCUCGCAUUGGCCAAACUCCGUACUGAUAUCAGGGGUGACAUCCCCAAUAACAACGCAGUUGGCAUGGCCCAAAAACUCCUCUUAUUUUGGAGAAAACCUGCUAGAAGAUGCUGGUGGGAGGGUAUUGAGUUAGAGAAUAUUGAAGGCGUUGAAGGGAAGGUGAAAAUCUGGAUUAGGAGAGUAUGGACUUUAGAAAUGGUAAGGCUUGUGAACCCUGCCACUGAUCUGACGGCUCAACCUAACAUGACUGCAGAGUGUAAUUGGGCUUCGAUAACCAAUUCCACCAAUCAUCUUCGUUUCUCAUUCUUCUGA